AUGUCGAGCGUGACUACUGUUAGCACAAACCCUUAUGAAGGACAAAAGCCGGGGACAAGCGGUUUACGUAAAAAAGUUAAGGUGUUUUUGCAAGAGAAUUAUACAGAAAACUUCAUUCAAAGUAUCCUGGAUGCCAAUAAGGAUUCCAUACUUGGUUCCACGCUUGUAGUCGGCGGUGAUGGUCGGUACUUAGUUAAGGAAGUCGUUGAUACAAUUAUAAAGAUCGCCGCUGGAAAUAAGGUGGCAAAACUAUUAGUUGGUCAGAAUGGCAUACUGUCUACUCCAGCCGUAUCUCACAUCAUCAGAAAGUAUAAAACUUUAGGUGGUAUAGUCCUCACCGCUUCACAUAACCCUGGUGGUAUAGACAAUGACUUUGGAAUAAAAUUCAACUGCAGCAAUGGAGGCCCUGCUCCGGACAAUACAACAAACGAGAUAUAUAAAAUUAGUACUGCUAUAAAGGAAUAUAAGAUUGUUAAAGACAUAAAAUGUAACAUAGACAAAGUUGGGGUGCAAAAAUUCAAGGUUGAAGAUCAAGAGUUUGUAGUAGAAAUAAUAGAUUCUGUUAAGGACUAUGUGGAUUAUAUGAAAGAGAUCUUUGAUUUUCCAAAGAUUAGAUCUCUCAUACAAGGAUCAGAAAAAAGAAAACCAUUUAAUGUUCUUAUUGAUGCUAUGAAUGGGGUAACCGGCCCAUAUGUUAAGAGAAUCUUCAUAGAUGAGUUAAGAGCUUCCGAGAAUAAUGUCAGAAGGAUUAUACCACUUGAAGAUUUUGGUGGAGCCCAUCCAGACCCCAAUUUAACAUAUGCUGCUGAUCUCGUUAAUGCUGUUAAGAAUGGAGAUUUCGACUUUGGAGCAGCGUUUGAUGGUGAUGGCGACCGUAACAUGAUAAUCGGUCGCGAUGCGUUUUUCGUCACUCCGUCGGACUCGCUAGCGGUCUUGGCCAACAACCUGCAGCAUAUCCCUUACUUCCAGAAGACAGGAGUCAAAGGUUACGCUCGGAGUAUGCCCACCGCUGCCGCCGUCGACAGAGUCGCCGCUGCCACCGGCAAGGAGCUCUUCCAAGUGCCAACAGGUUGGAAAUACUUCGGUAAUCUGAUGGACGCUGGGCGUCUCUCCCUCUGCGGUGAAGAGAGUUUCGGCACUGGUUCAGACCACGUAAGAGAGAAAGACGGUUUGUGGGCGGCCCUGGCUUGGCUCUCGGUUCUUGCCGCAACUGGGCUGUCCGUUGAAGAGAUAUUGACCAACCAUUGGAAACAGUUUGGCAGGAAUUACUUCACGAGAUAUGACUACGAAGAAUGCGCCAGCGACCCAUGUAAUGAGAUGAUGCAAGAGUUGGAGAAAAAGAUGACGUCAGCUGGAUUCGUGGGUUCCAGUCACUCGGCUGGUGGAAAGAGCUACGUGGUGUCGGUCGCGGAUAACUUUUCUUAUAUGGACCCAGUGGACCGUAGUGUUGCCAUGAAACAGGGUCUUCGUAUAGUGUUUAAAGACGGGUCGCGUAUCGUCAUGCGCCUGAGUGGAACUGGCAGCUCGGGAGCGACUGUUAGGUUAUAUAUAGAUUCCUACGAGGCUAGCGAUGUCUUGGGGUCAGCUCAGGAGAAGCUCGCUCCUCUAAUUGCUGUUGCGCUGCAAAUGUCGCAGCUGCAAAAGUACACUGGCCGGGAACAGCCCACCGUCAUCACGUAA